AGGCGGCGGAGCGGCCACAAUCACAGCUCCGGGCAUUGGGGGAGCCCGAGCCGGCUGCGCCGGGGGAAUCCGUGCGGGCGCCUACCGUCCCGGUCCCAUCCUCGCCGCGCUCCCGCACCCCUGAAGUUUUGCAGCGCCCAGACAGGAGGCGAGGGAGGAGGGAGCGUGAGAGGAGAGCGAACAAAAAGCACACCCUAAAACAUUUAUUUCCAAAAGAAAAGAAAAAGGGGGGCGCAAAAAUGGCUGGGGCAAUUAUAGAAAACAUGAGCACCAAGAAGCUAUGCAUUGUUGGUGGAAUUCUGCUCGUGUUCCAAAUCAUCGCCUUUCUGGUGGGAGGCUUGAUUGCUCCAGGUCCUACAACAGCAGUGUCCUAUAUGUCGGUGAAAUGCGUGGAUGUUCGUAAAAACCAUCACAAGGCAAAAUGGUUAAUGCCUUGGGGACCCAACCAGUGCGACAAAAUCCGAGACAUCGAGGAAGCAAUCCCAAGGGAAAUAGAAGCCAAUGAUAUUGUGUUUUCUGUCCACAUUCCUCUCCCCACCAUGGAGAUGAGUCCUUGGUUCCAAUUCAUGCUCUUUAUCCUACAGCUGGACAUUGCAUUCAAGCUGAACAACCAAAUCAGAGAAAACGCAGAAGUUUCCAUGGAUGUUUCCCUGGCUUACCGUGAUGACACGUCUGCUGAAUGGACUGAAAUGGCCCAUGAGAAAGUGCCCCGGAAACUCAAAUGUACCUUCACGUCCCCCAAGACCCCAGAGCAUGAGGGCCGUUACUAUGAAUGUGAUGUCCUUCCUUUCAUGGAAAUCGGGUCUGUGGCUCAUAAGUACUACCUUCUAAACAUCCGGCUGCCUGUGAAUGAGAAGAAGAAAAUCAAUGUUGGGAUUGGGGAGAUAAAAGAUAUUCGGUUGGUGGGAAUCCACCAAAAUGGAGGCUUCACCAAGGUGUGGUUUGCUAUGAAGACCUUCCUCACACCCAGCAUCUUCAUCAUUAUGGUGUGGUAUUGGAGGAGGAUCACCAUGAUGUCCCGACCCCCAGUGCUUCUAGAGAAAGUCAUCUUUGCCCUUGGAAUUUCCAUGACUUUUAUCAAUAUCCCAGUUGAAUGGUUUUCCAUUGGGUUCGACUGGACCUGGAUGCUACUGUUUGGUGAUAUUCGACAAGGCAUCUUCUACGCAAUGCUUCUCUCCUUCUGGAUCAUCUUCUGUGGGGAGCACAUGAUGGAUCAGCAUGAGCGGAAUCACAUAGCAGGGUAUUGGAAGCAAGUUGGACCAAUCGCUGUUGGCUCUUUCUGCCUCUUCAUAUUUGACAUGUGUGAGAGAGGGGUACAACUCACGAAUCCCUUCUACAGUAUCUGGACUACAGAUGUUGGAACAGAGCUGGCUAUGGCCUUCAUCAUUGUGGCUGGGAUCUGUCUCUGUCUGUAUUUCCUGUUUCUGUGCUUCAUGGUAUUUCAGGUAUUUCGGAACAUCAGUGGGAAGCAGUCCAGCCUGCCAGCCAUGAGCAAAGUCCGGCGGCUGCACUAUGAAGGGCUAAUUUUCAGGUUCAAGUUCCUCAUGCUCAUCACCUUGGCCUGCGCUGCCAUGACUGUCAUCUUCUUUAUUGUUAGUCAGGUGACUGAAGGCCACUGGAAGUGGGGCGGCGUCACAGUCCAAGUGAACAGUGCCUUUUUCACAGGCAUCUAUGGGAUGUGGAACCUAUAUGUCUUUGCUUUGAUGUUCUUGUAUGCACCAUCCCAUAAGAACUACGGGGAUGACCAGUCUAAUGGCGAUCUGAGGGUCCACAGUGGGGAAGAACUCCAGCUCACCACCACUAUCACCCAUGUGGACGGACCCACCGAGAUCUACAAGUUGACCCGCAAGGAAGCCCAGGAGUAGAUGGCUGCAGCACCUGGCUGGGACAGUUCUCCGCAUCCUAGCCCUUCUAACUAGAGCGGGGAGCAUGCCAGAGAGAGCUCACUGUGCAAAUGAAUGCUUGACUGCUUGUGUUUCUUAGCUCUGGUUUCUUGGACCAGUGGCGUGGAUGUUGUCACUUUGCCUUCCGACCAUAGCUCUUGGAGGAAAGACUCCUGCAGCCACUAAUGCAUUGUAUAUGAUAACAAAACCUCUGGUAUGACACAUUUUCUGUGAUCAUUGUAAAUUAGUGACGUAGUAACAUCUGUAGCAGGUGGUUAGUAAACCUCAUGUGUUGGGGGUAUACUCCUUGGGGGAUGAUUUGGGCCAGAUGGAGUCUAUAUGGAGUGAAAUGUUUGACUCUUUUUCCUGUUUUAGAUUCUAGGAUAGAUUUCUAACAUCCUUUGCAGUCCAAGAUAGGCUGGUGUCAUAGUUUUUCACUCCUACUUCAUGACCACUUUUUUUCCUAUUUAUAUCACCAGGUAGCCUGUUGAGUUAAUAUUUAAGUUGUCUUUAGAUAUCCGUCCCUAUUUUUUAUGGCAUACUAUAAAAUAACUGAAUUUCAUGAGACGGUCUAUUACACCAGGGGCAUUUCAGCUUUGAAACCAAAUCUGUGUAUCCAAUACUAACCAAUCUGUUGGAUGUGGGUUGGGUCUGAAAAGUGUUUUUAAACUCUUGCUUCAAAUGUGUUUUCUUUUGAUAAGAUGCUUCAAACACUCUCCAAAAGUGUAGAUCAUUUAAAUAAACCUGUAUGUAUAUUCAUAUAUGUACAUGCACACGUCACCCUCCUGCUCAGCCAGGACACAC